AUGGGUGUUUAUAUACCACCACCAAAUGAUGAUGAUGAUUCAAAUAAAAAGGAUAAGAGUAAACAACAGAAACUGACAAAUAUAACUCCAACUGAUGAUGAUAAAGGCUAUAAAGUUGAAAUUUCACUUAAAAUUCCUAAAAAUCCAAGUGUUGGUUUAUUUUGGGGUCCAUUAACACCAGCAUCUGAUAAUAAACCAGCAAUGUAUACAAUGAUAGGUUUACAAUUCCUAAUAGGUGUUAAAUUUUUCAGCUAUGCAAGAAAUAAUCUAAGGUUAAAUUUUAUAAAUGGACGAAUUUUUAGAAAAUCAAUAUGGAAAGGUAUAUCGCAGAUUAUAAUUGGUAGUGGAUUAGUAUUUGGUUCUGGUUUGGAAUUGACUAGAGUUUUAUUACCUUAUGAUCCAUGGAGAGAAGAAGCUAAAUAUUAUAGAAAAAUUGCAUUUAAAAAUGGUGUACAACCUUCAUUUUGGUUUGGAGGAUUACAAUUUUAUACUCCAAUGAGUACUAAAACAUGGAUUGAAAAGACAAAUACAUGGUUGAAAAAUAUGGAAAAAAGAGGAAAUCCAAGUAAGAAUUCUGAAUUAUUACUUAAAUUGAAUUCAAAGGGGAAAUAUAAUGAAAUUUAUCAAAAAUUAUAUGAUACAAAUAAUACAAGAUUUCAACAUUUAUUAACUAAUGAACUAGUAAAUGUAAAUGAGAAUAAUAAAGGUAUAAGACUAGAUGAAAUACUAGAAGGGAAUUCUGAGUUAGUGAAUCCUGAUUAUUCAAAACCAAAUAUUCAAUUGGGUAAUCAUACAAUGGAAAAUGACGAUGAAUUUGAAAUGGUUUGGGUUAAUUUUGAUCCAUGGGAUGAAAUAAAAUUGGAAACUGAUUAUGAUAUAAGAUUAAUACCAAGAUGUAAUGCAUCAGAAGAAGAAAAUGAAAAUGAGAAGAAAUUGGAAACUAUAGAAAUCAAAGACGGGAUAUGA